AUGACUUGUUAUAUGACUGUAAACACAAACAUUUGACACAAAGUUUUUUUUGGCGCUUAAAACACAACAACAACUCUGAGAGAGAGAGACAGACAGACAGACAACACAUACGUGAAGACCGACCGCCGAUGACCGACAAAUUUUUUGACCACCAAUUUUGACAUUACAUCCGACCCGACAACUAGUGAUAUUAAGAUCUUUUCUUGUUUUUGGAUUUUGUCCGACAAAUAAUUGGUUGAUAUCCGGCGCGCGAAACUAUCCACAAAAAAAAGUUAUGGACAAUACGUUAGUUACCACUGAUUUUGUCGGCGAUGAUGAUAAUGAAGAUAUGUUUGCCGAUCAAAUUUUGGAUCUGAUCAAUGGUGAUGAUGAUGGCAGCGAUAGUGUUGAGCAAUCAGGAAGUCAGUCCAUCAACGAGACAGCUGAUGGCGGCGGCGGCGACGCUGGUGAUUGUCGUCAGCCAAACAUCGACAGUCAAAACAAGAGUAGCCAAAAAGUGUUGAGACUCAUUGAUGACAAUACAGAUAUUUUCGGUGUCGCCGACAAAGCCAUAGCCAGUGGAUCUGCAAACAAGAACAACAACAAUGAUCUCUUAGCCAAAUGUGUUUUGGAAGUGUUUGGCGGCGAUAUAAGUGAUGACGAAUUAGCUGAAGACAACAACAGUCAUUUGACACGAGAGGGACAGUUGAUUGAAAGUAAUCUAAAGAGUGGUAACGAACAGUCGUCGACGUCAUCGUCGUUGUUGUCCAGCGUUUCAUUGUUUGAAAACAAAGGUAACAAAAAUCGACAGAAAAAUGUUUGGACAGAAAACAAGAAGACGACUAAUGAAAACAACAACAAACUGAAUGAUAAAACUGAUGAAACAAUUCUUCGCGACGUUUUCUCCGGUAUUCGUCUGAAAAAUCCAUUGGUUUCGAGUCAACGAAUGUCGGAACUGAUGAACGGCCGACAGAUGAUCAAAAUGUCUUUAAUUAAGUCGCACAUCAAUAAACAGACCAACGAUAUCGAAGGUGAUUGGGUGACAAUCGGUGUGAUUGUCAACAAAAUGGCGCCAAAAACAAGUAAAAAUGGAAAUCAUUAUUCAAUUUGGAAGUUAAGUGAUCUGAAGACAAAAAAUGUUGUUUCGUUCUUCUUGUUCGGCGCCGUUCACAGCGAACACUGGAAGCUAACUGUUGGCACUGUUGUCGGUCUAUUGAAUUCACGUCUAAUGGACAACAAAAUGGACGAUAACAACAAAAAUAGUGGUAAAUACGGCAACAAGAAUGAGAUCUGUUCGUUGACUAUCGAUCACAGUUCCAAACUGUUGGUAUUGGGAACAGCUAAAGAUCUCGGGUUUUGUAGAGCCGUUAAGAAAAAUCGAGAAGUUUGCGGUGCACUAAUCAAUUUGGCCACCGAAGACUUUUGCGACUAUCAUAUAAAAAAUGCUUACAAAAUGUUCAGUUCUCGUCGAUCGGAUAUUCAGAUGAAUUUUUCCAAUUGUGAACCCAAUAAAUAUUUGGCAAACAAUUCUCAGAAGAAUAAUACAUUCUUUGCCAACGCUUUCAUGGAUGGCGAACGCAAAGACGCGCCGAUUAUUGAGACCAAAGUCAUGAAGUCGACAGAAUUGAUGGCCAAAAAAGCCAAUGAAAACAAAACCCUAUCAAAAGUUAUCAAAAAUCCCUUAUCAAAGGCGGCCAAGAAUUUUGCACUUUCGCUGAGCGAAUCCACUAAAACCUCGUCAGAUAGCAAAACGUCUGGCAAUACUCCCUUUUCGGCCAAAGAUGUGUUCAAUUCGAUUACUAAAAAAGAGACAAAUAGUUUGGGUUUAAAACAGUUUUCGGUACCUGUUAUGGCCAAAGGCUACAAAAAUGGCGAAAUGAUUGAUUUGAGUCGUAAAUCGGAUGCAAGAUUGAGAGCAAUUCAGAAACUGAAACAAAAACCACUUGAAAAAGUUGAUCCAAAUAAAGUUAAACCGAUAAGCAAUAAGCGAUCACUCGAUCGGAUUAAGUCGAAAAUUGAUUGCGAUUUGAGUGUUACCGAUAAGACCGACGGCGACGCCAACACAACCGCCGAUGAACGGGAAGCGAAAGCAAAGAAACUUAGAUCCGAAUUAAUCGAUAGAGCUUUGAGUCGCAAAUCGAUUAACGAAAAAGCCGGCGAUUUCGCUGAAGCCGAAGCUCAGGAAAAAUAUUUCAAUAAUAUGGAGAAAAAAGAAAAAAUUGAAAACAAAUUGUCCGAUAUUUUCGAAAUGCAGUGUCAAGUCGUCAGUUGUCAACAAUGCAAAUAUACGGCUCAUUCGGCAUCGGAUUUAUGUAAGAAAAAUCGUCAUAAACUAAGCAGACAUACGGCAACCAAACGGUUCUUCAGAUGCCAGAAAUGUAAACACCGGAGCUAUACCUUCAAUAGUCUAAUGCCAGUCAAGCCCUGCGCUAAAUGUGGACAAAUAUCUUACGCCAAGACAUCUAUUGUUGAUAUCAAAGAGGAGACGUCUCUGUCAGACAUAAAACUUAAGAUUCGUGGCGAAGAACAAAAGUUUUUGAAUUCAAUGAAAUAGAUUUGUGAUAUAUUUUACGACAACUUAAUUAUGUCUUUUUUAUAAAAAGUUUUUUUUUAAUUAAUUGAUUG